AUAACGUCAUUAGCUAUACUCAUCAAGCGGUCCAGUGACUCCGGCGAGAAUUUUCUAGCGAACAAAAACGGGUCGGACCUCCUCCUCCUCAUGUGCUCGGACGAGUUUGAGCCAUUCUCUAUUGCCUUCAACGGCCGAGAUGCCCGCAGAAGACUCGGGCCCCUCCGACACCUCAUCCCCAUAUCUGGGCCUCAUCCCUCUGAGGCCCAAUAUCAGCUCCCGGCCCACCUCGCUGGCGUUGUACAUCCGCGGGUGGCCCUCAUAAUCUUCAUUGCUCCAGUCCACGUGGGUGAGCGUGCAGGGCACGCACCCCAACGGGUCCACAAUGCUCAGCAGCGUAGGGAAAUAUUGUUCCUCCGGGAAGCACGCGUAGUCCACCACGCACGGCUGCCGGAACUUCGACCACAGCCACGCGUCGCUCGCCAUAACCCGCGCGUGAUUCCGGUUCACUACCCAGAACUGCGACCCGAACCGGAAAUCCUCCAGAUCCACCUCCGGGAGCAUCGCGUCCUCCCCACGCACCACCCACCUCCAGUACGCGCUGGGCUCGUCGGGGCCCAGUAUCUCCACAAAGCUCCGGCCCGAUUUAAGAAGAAACCGGCGCGUGAAUCUGAAGGAGUGCAGUGGGGCGCAGGAAGGGGAGAGGAGGGCGAACACGGCGUUGGCCCCGUCGUCGACGAGCGCGUGGGAGAGGAUCCGCCGCGCCGCGGCGGCGAGGCUGGGGGUUUGGCGGCGCGUGGGCUUGGAGGGGAUGACCCGGCCGGCGAAAACGCCGGAGAAGGGCGGCGUGUAGUGGGCUUCCGGGUCAGCGUGGAUGUAAACGUUUUGGCGGGGGCGCCGGCGAAGAACAUCUCCCAUAGGGGCGCGAGGGGGAGGGAGGAGGUUGUGAGGAACAUGAAGGCGAUUUUCUUGACGGGUUUCGGGUUCGGGUCGACCCGGGAGGCGAGCUUCAUCAGCGCCACGUCAUCGUCAUCGUCCUCGUAG